AGGGCAUCUUACUGCCUAAUUUGGUCAGUGGUUAAGACCUUCUUCUGACCUGGUCGUGAGUUUCAAUCCCAGCACCAUCAAUCUGACACUGCUGAGCCUCUGAGCAAGGCCCUUAUAUUUUUCCCUUGUAUUUAUGGACUAAAAAAUAAAACAUUGCAUUAAAAUGUUUUAUUACUAUAUAGCUUUUUAUUAGUCACUGCUUUCAACAUGGCGGCUGUGGCACCGCAACGCAUCCCAGGCUACGGUGGGGAGGGGGCGGUGUGCGCGAGCUGCAGGCGCGUUCGAGCGCUCGCGAUUCGAACGCACGCGAAAGCUCGCUCCGCCGUGCUCUGAUUGGCCGCCGCGAUGUGCGCUCGCGCUCGGGCCAGCCUAUGAAAAUGCCACGCGGAGGGAGACCUGGCAGAGUUGAAACGGCGCCGUGCGAGAUGCCGCGCUCGCGCGCCCGAGUUCCACCGCGCGAGGACAGUAACUGACGCCCAGCGGGUUUUCCUGAGGUGGUUGAUAUUUUAUUUUUUUGAGGAAACUCGAGGAGAAAACUUGGAGUUUUUGUUUUUGGGGGUUGUUAAAAUAAAUAAAUACAAAUUAUAUAAAUCUUCAUCUUUACCGGUCAUGGAUGCUUUCAAUACAUUUAUGAUGUUUGUUUCAAGUCUGAGCUUCUUUCUCUCCACGAGCAUUGCAGUCCAUAUGUGUGAUGUGGCAAAUGAAAUCGAGUUGGAGAAGGAGCGAUGUGAAAACAGAACUUCUGGAAAUAUAACAUCAGGCUGCAAAGGAAUGUGGGACAUCAUCACCUGCUGGCCGUCAGCCAAAGUCGGAGAGCUGGUGGUAAUUCCCUGUCCGAACUACUUCAGGCACUUCAGCGAGCACCAGAGUGGAGGUAAUCUCUCCAAGACUUGUACAGCAGAUGGCUGGACUGAAGUGCACCCCAUAAUGAUUGCUGUGAAUUGUGGGUAUAAUCUCAAUGACACUACUGAUGCUGAUAAUUUCUUGCGGUCGGUAAAGAUCGGCUACACAAUCGGACACAGCACUUCUCUUAUCUCUCUAACUAUGGCCAUAAUCAUCCUGUGCAUCUUCAGGAAACUUCACUGCACAAGGAAUUACAUUCACCUGCACCUGUUUGUAGCCUUCAUCUUGAAAGCCAUUGCAGUGCUCAUCAAAGACGUCGUCCUUUAUGAUGUCAUUCAGGAGUCGGACAACUGCUCCACUGGCUCCGUUGGCUGCAAAGCUGUUAUCAUCUUCUUCCAAUAUUGCAUUAUGGCCAGUUUCUUUUGGCUUUUGGUAGAGGGCCUGUACCUCCAUGCUCUAUUGGCAGUUUCUUUCUUCUCAGAGAGGAAAUACUUCUGGUGGUACAUCCUGAUUGGCUGGGGAGGGCCAAUGAUUUUUAUUACAGCCUGGAGCUUUGCCAAAGCCUACUUCAAUGAUGUUGGGUGCUGGGAUAUUAUCGAGAACUCAGACCUGUUCUGGUGGAUCAUCAAAACACCCAUAUUAGCCUCAAUACUGAUGAACUUCAUCCUAUUCAUUUGUAUCAUACGUAUACUGCGGCAGAAGAUCAACUGCCCCGACAUCGGGAGAAACGAAUCAAAUCAAUAUUCGAGGCUGGCUAAAUCAACGCUGUUGUUGAUUCCACUCUUUGGGAUAAACUACAUCAUAUUUGCAUUUAUUCCAGAUCACAUCAAAACAGAGCUGAGGCUGGUGUUUGACCUCAUCCUGGGUUCCUUCCAGGGCUUUGUGGUAGCUGUCCUUUACUGCUUCUUAAAUGGAGAGGUUCAAGGUGAGAUCAAGAGGAAAUGGAGAAGGUGGCACCUGGAGAGGUUCCUAGGCUCUGGCACUAAGUACCAGCAUCCGUCGAUGGGCAGCAAUGGCAACAACUUUGCUACUCAGAUCUCCAUGCUGACACGUUGCAGCCCUAAAACUCAGCGAGCCUCAUCUUCCUACGACGAUUCCGUGACAAUCACCAUAUAACUCAGAAGAGUCAUCUGACACAGGACAAUAAAAGUCUGUAGAUCCAGUCAUGCUGUAUGUCGUAUGCAUCAGGAUACGGGUGCAAGAUUCUGUGAAGUUCCUCUCAAAUCAUAUGGCAUGAGGGUACCACAAGCACUCCACAUCACAUUCUCUUGAGAUAUACGCUACGCAUGGCUUAAAAAAAGUAUUUCUAUAUAAUAGAAUCACAUAUAUAACCACAUCAUUGACAAUGUGCUAUAAUCACAUGUUGCCAUUGUGUGAAAAGGCAGCAAAUCAGUGAAACCUUUGGCCUUUUUCAAUAAUCGUUUAGUAAAAUUGUGUGUACACCAAACUGAAAUAAACAAAUAGUUUUUUGGUAAAAAAAAUAAAAUAAAAAAUUAAAGUAGUAAAAACAACAUGAACACCAUAACUACUGGCCCCAUGUAGAUGCAUAUAGGCUCAAAAAUCUAAAUGGUUAUAAUAGUAAGUGCAAAUAAAAAAUGUUAUUUAUUAAAGAUGACCAAACAUUGUGCAAGCAUAUUACCAGAGCAUUUGUUUACUCCAGAAUUUACUUAAAACGCAAGAGCAGCUGUUUAAUUAUAAUGUUUAGGUAAAUAAUGUAUUGUUGCAGGCCACAGUCAUGAAAUCUUUAGUUACAGGUGUGUGUUAAUUUGCAGAAUUAAUCGUUUAAGGGAUGCUGAUGCUCUCUGAUGUUUCAGAAAGAAAACAGGUUUUGUUGAUUUGAGUAGAAAUCAAAUAGCCUGUUGGAAAGUCUUUGAUUUUACUGCAUUUCUUCAGUGUUAAAGUGUUAAAUACAAAUUUGUUAUGUUUUAAAAAUGAAUUAAAUGAAUAGUAAUAGCCUACAGAGUACAAUACACAGAAAAAUAUAUAAUCUUUUUUUUUUUUUUUAAUUAAGUUUUACUUUUUAUAAGACAUUCGACAAAUCUUAUAUUCUUACAUUUUAGGCUGCUUUUGCACAUUUUUUACAACCAUUAAAAAAAUAAAAAAACAGUUGUGAAAAAUAACUCUUCAUUAUAUCAGGACUCAUAACAUCACAGCUGCUUCAUUUUGUCAGUGCUGCGUUGCUCUUAAUUCGGAAUAUGUUGUAAUAUGUUUACUUUGAAGAAAAUACACAGUGUCAUACGUUAAGUAUGACGAAUUACUUCUCUGCUUCACAGUUGUGUCUCUGAAUGUGAAUGUGUUGUGCUUGCGGGUCCCGCUAUGUUAUAGAGCAGUGUUUCCCAAAUCUGCUACAACAACUGCCCUAAUUAGUACAUUUUAGUGUGUUUCUUGCUGGAACAAAUUUCUCAAUGAGCUAGUUAAAUGUUACAGACAGAGAGGCUAAUUCACAAUUUCUUUUAAAAUACAGAACAUAUUUUAUAUCAAAUGUAAACAUACAAUUGUGAAAAAAAGAAUUGAGAUUACUGUAAAAUUACCAGCUGCUCUGGUUUUACUAUUUAUAGGUUUUUGUUUAAGUAAAAUAAAUGUUUUUGUUUGAUAAACUACUGACGCCAUUUCGCCCAAAUUCCAAAAAAACAUAUUGUCAUUCAGAGCAUUAAUUUGCAUAAAAUGAUGCAAUGUUUUUUUAGACCACAAAUAAUUCAUUUUUUAACAACACAGUACUAAUGUUUUGUGUUUUAGUGUUAAGAAAUUAGUAUUUAAUUAAAUAACCCUGAUUUUCAAAUACAGCUUUCAUGCCUCUUUGGCAUGCUCUCCACCAGUCGUUCACAUUGCUGUUGGACGACUUUAUGCAACUCCUGGCGCAAAAAUUCAAGCAGAUGGUGAUCUUUCUCUGGCUCACAUUUCAGAGGUUUUCAGUAGAUUUCAUGUCUGGAGAUUGGCCUGGCCAUGACAGGGUCUUAAGCUGGUGGUCUUCCAUCCACACAUUGAUUGACUGGAUGUGUGGCAUGGAGCAUUGUCCUGCUGGGAAAAAUCUUUAGAGUUGGAGAACAUUGUUAGAGCAUAAGGUGUUUUUUUUUUUUUUUUUUUUAUGUUAAAGUGAAAUAGGGCAUUGGCAAUAUGCCAGUUUAAACACUGCUUAAUUUCAAUAGUCAUAUAAAGUCAUAAAAUAGUGCUUCAAAAUAGGUUUCAUGAUUUUUAUCUCUACCUCAAGUCACACCAGCUUGUACAUUUGUAUUUGUUUGCUUUUAAUUAGUCUAAGUGAGUAGCGGCUCCUGAAUAAAACCGGUGGCAGAGUCGCAUGAAUUUUUGUCGUUUGGUCUGUUAUUAAAAUAAGACACUUGUCCGUGUCUUUGUAUAACGAUAAAAAAAGAGCUUUUAAAAAAUGACAUUUAGGUGUAAUCCCCUUUGGAUAGAGGGAGGCCAUAGCAUUGAUUCUCUAAGACUGAACUUCAGCCAGUGUCUACUAAGAAUGCAUGAAUGGAUUUCUAGUGUUUGGGACAUAAAUAAUAUUUGUGUUAAAGAUGGAAAUAUGCUAAAAUGUGCAAUUCAACAGCAGCAGGACAAGGAAACACUGUUGUAUAAACAUAAAUUAGAUAAACACAACUAAUUUAUACGAAUCAGAGGAAACAGCACUGAAUGUCUAGAUUGUAGAGAUUGCAGAAGGCUUAUUUUCUUUUCUUAUGUGAAAAAAUAGCAACCAAAAGUGGAUUGUUGACUAUCCAAAAUCUAAAUGGAGAUACACUGUAGAGAGAAAAUGUGACAUUUCUCCCAGACACUUGACGUAUUUUGUGGAUGAUUUUUCAAACUACACAGUAUGCGUGUUUGGUUUGUGUGUGUGUGUGUGUGUGUGUGUGUGUGUGGGUGAGUGAGAGAGAGAGAGAUAGAAGUGAGAGGAAGAAGUGAUGUAUUUGUAAGCUGAAUGCCCUUCUCUGCACUAUCAUUAUCAUUCCCAUAAGGCAUCAUUCCUUGUCAUACAAUCAGAGUCUGUCGUCUUUGCGAUUGUGUUAGCGUUGGUUUAUCACUUAAAGCUGUAGCGUGACGGGACGUUUUUACGGCUCAUCGUCAGAUUCCAUUCAGAGAUAAAUAGGGAAUGCAAGAUGAAAGUUUACACGCAAGAAUCUGAGCAAAACUGUAAAAAAUGGAUCCAAGAUGAUAAUAUUUAGUGAGGAUCAAAUUCCAGGUUCAGAAAAAACUGCAUUUCUUAUGGUACAUUAAAGAAGGGACAUUGAUAACGUUGUUGUAUUUUUAAGAUGAUUCCUUGCCUGUUUGUUCUUAUCUAUUUUUAGAACACGGACAAAUCACAUGCAGUACAUAAAGCACACACUAAAGAACACUAUAUUUGAAGGCAAACUACAUGCAUUAAUAUUGAAUAACAUGUUUACAGAAUAUUGCAUGAGCACAUAUGUAAGGCUUGAAAUCAGUUGUUGUUAUUUGAGGUAACUGCAGGUAUAGAGCAUGCAUUCUGUGAUGUAAUCGAUAAUCUUUCAUUACUUUCAACAAAAACAGGUCACUGACAUAAUGUCAAGUAUCUCACAUAAUUCUGAUGGAAUCUACUAAAUGAUUUAUUUAGUGAUUGUCAUUUUCUUCAAACCAUUUUCCUUUUUUGGCUAAAUACUAACACCAGCCUUGUAUAAAUACCAAUGUAUUAUUAAUCCUUCAGUGCUUACAAAAAUGAAGAUCCAUAUAUCAGUGGCCUUCAAAUAAAGUGUUUUUUACGUAUAAGUAUUUGUGUAUGACCGUCAUCUCUGAGCUCAUCCCAAACAUAAUUAUGGAGUAAUGAUUUACUGUAGUUUCUUUCUGCUUCUUUUGUGGCUUGCAGUUAAUUAGUGGAAAGUAUUUGAUGUAAAGUAAAAGUAUUUCAGUUCAGGAAUGAGAGUUGGUAUAUUGAAUUAGCAUUUAGUUUGGGUCACGGAAACCAGCUCAUUCGCCGUAAGUGUCGAGAGAUCUCUAGGUAUAAAAAUAAUUUAUUUACCUUGUGUUCUAAAGCCAUUUGUGUACUGAAGGUACAGUGUAAAAUCAAUUGAACUUUCAUACGAUCCGUCAGAACGACAUUUCAUUUCAUAGCUUUUUAAUGAUAAGUGAGAUUUCCUCGAUAUCAUUGUCCUGAAGUGUUUGUCACUGUUUAAACAACACAAACGACCUCUCAUUCAUUGCCAAGAAGAAUGUACACCCUUACAAAGUAUAAAGUGGAUGUUGACUGUGUAAAAGUUUUAUUUUGGUUUCGUUCAGAUCCAUGUCGUGUACUUGGCCGUGUAAAUUUUGACACAAAAAGACAGAAAAAAGUUUUUCAUCUGUGGUGCUUUAAAGGUUUUCAUAAAAACUCAUAAAAAAAUUGAUCAAAUUGGCUUUUUAACACAUUUUACCAUUUAAACACAUGGACAGCUAUAGAACUGGAUGCUGUGUAAAUUUUUCUGUGUUUGUGUAUAUCGUCUAAGUGAAGCAAACUGUUCAGUGCAUUCUGCAUGCUGCACACACAAUAUCCAAAACACAGCACGUCACAGCUCUGUACAUGACUAGCGCAAAUUUAUCCAAAAAUAUGUGAAAAGACGCGUUAUUUUUGUACUCAUGCUUAAAUGUGCUCACUUGUGUCGCCGCUACAUGGUAUUUUUGUAAGAUUAAAAAUAUAUAUUUCAGUUUUGUCUUACACUGUUUACCACUAUACCAUUGCCAAUAAACUACUUGAAUUAC